GGAAAGGGGUGGUGUUUGCUCUGCUACUAGUUUGUGCUGAUGCAAUGUUCUGCCACUAAUGAUGACCACACUAUCAUGUUUGGAGUACUGAACUAGCUUUUCUAUUGGAUUUUGCUGUGAACUUUGUUCAUUUCCUUGUCCGAUAGUUAACAGACUUUUGGAAGAAAUGCAAGCAAAGAUGAACUUCUAUUUAAAUACUGCAAGAGAAACAAUGGAACCUAGCAUGACAGGUAACAGACUUUUUGGUGAAGACGAUGGUGUCAUAAAGGAACUAGUGAAGAAAUGUCAGGAGGCAAAGACCUUAGCUUAUUGCCCAUACAGUAACUUUCCAGUUGGAGCAGCUGUACUGACCAAGCAGGGUCAAAUAUUUCAAGGGUGUAAUGUGGAAAAUGCUUCUUAUGGACUCACAGUUUGCGCAGAGCGGACUGUUAUUCAGAAGGCUGUCUCAGAAGGUUAUCGGGAGUUCAGCGCCAUGGCAGUCACAUGUGAUAUCAAAGAGACUGUUGGUCCAUGUGGAGCCUGCAGACAGGUGAUGAUUGAGUUUGGAAGAGAUUGGGAUGUUUACCUUACCAAACCAGAUGGAAGCUACACCCGAGUGAAACUAAAUGACCUGCUCUUUCUUCCAUUUGAACCAAGCCAUUUAGAUGGGCCUCAUACGAAGAAGACAACAAACUAAUAUUGUUUCAAAACAAUUAUCAAAGUGGUAUAAAAACAAUGUUACAUAGAAAGGAGCAACCAUUUGAUGACAAUUCAAGCUUGUGUAGUACUAUUCCCAAAUGAUGAUGUCAAUGAUAAGAUGCAUUUUUCACAGUUUUUUAGAUUUGACAGUUUUCACAAAUGUCUGCUUCUAAUGCCGAGGCCAGUGUUAUUCAUAUAUCCUGGUUCUGUAAGCUAGUAUCCACAAUUUCAAUAAAUGUAUAUAAACAUUUAA